AUGGGGAGUGAGACUGUGUUGUACAGGUCAUCCUGGACUACGCCGAAGAUCCUCCCGAUCACCACUGUGUCUUUGUCCGGUCCCAUCUGGAUCAGCAGGGACCGGCGCAGCAGCGAGGCAAAGCUGUCGGCGGCAGCGUCUCUUCCCCAGGAAGAGAUCCUGCAGCCGCAAAAGGACUCUGCUGCCCCGGGGGGCAGCUGUGUUCCUGCCCGGGGGAAGGGACGCUGCCGCCGACAGCUUACUUUCAAACUCGAGAUCUCGAGUUUGAAAGUCGAGAUCUCGAAUGCUCCUGAAACCUGUCAGCCUGUCUGUGAGGCCGAGCCUGCUACACCAAAAUUUCGAGAUGCCCAGACCCAAUGGGAGGAUCCGUCACAUAUUGAUCACAUGUACUGUUCAAUAACACAGUCUGUUAAAGUAGACAAGGCCACACAGUGCGAGGCAGAAAUGGGUCCUACUGUGACCAGCAUCACGGUCAUUGAUGAUGCUAGGUCCCGGCUGUAUACAGGAGUACUUAGGGUUCAAUUCUUCACCCUGGUGACGGUGUUGUUGCCUUUCAGUAAGCCAUCAAUUACCCUUCCUGUUGUUGACCAAAUACUGAUGACCUUGAUGAAACUAAAACUAAACCUAAUAUUAGGAGAUAUUGCUCACCGCUUCAAUGUGUCUACAUCCAUGGCAAGCAUUGUGAUUAGACACUGGAUUGACGUGAUGGGUGAACAGUUCAAAGUCCUGAUACCCUGGCUUCCGAGAGAGACCAUUCGUGCCACCAUGCCCUUCUCGUUUCAGAGGAACUACCCUCGAACCAUCUGCAUCAUUGACUGUGCCGAAAGUGCCAUGCAGAGAGCCACAAACCACGACUCAAGGAGUGACACUUUCAGCCAGUAUAAAUCACGCAACACUGUGAAAUAUCUCGUCGCUGUGGCCCCUAAUGGGCUAAUCAUGUUUAUAUCUGAUGCCUAUGCUGGCAGAAGCAGCGAUAAGUUUAUCACCAUGGACAGUGGGUUCCUAGACUAUCUGAGGGCUGGUGAUGAGGUCAUGGCGGACCGUGGGUUCACCAUUCGAGACUUGCUUGAUGAGAGAAGGGUCAGUUUGAACAUCCCUGCUUUCACCUACAGGCGCAAUCAGUUGACCAAUGAGGAGACGGCACGCACCAGGCGAGUACCUAAUGUCCGCAUACACGUGGAAAGAGCAAUCCAGAGACUGAAGGUGUUUAAGAUUUUAUCCCAGACUGUUCCAAUCAGCAUGGCACUGAAACUGGACAACAUCUUAACCAGCUGUGCUGGCCUAGUUAACCUGAAGAGUCCACUGAUCAGUGAGGUUUAG